AUGGAGUCUAAAGCUCAAGUUGUGGGGACAACAGCCAAAAUAAUUCCCCUUGCCUCGUCCAAAGGAGCGGAGAAGUUGUGUGAAGUUUGUCAAAGCGAAGCCCACCUGCAAUGCACCAAGUGCCGGGUCACCUUUUACUGUGAUGCAGAGCACCAGCAGGCUGACUGGGUGGGGAUCCACGAGAGAAUCUGUCAGUUGCUUGUUCCCAUUCGCACACCGACACUCUUUAGUCUCCAACGGGCUGGUCGCAUUGAAAUGCAACUUAAAAAGGCAGAACUGAUUGAGAUUUGCAGGAUGGUGGCACAGCGCAAACUGUCUGAGGGGAAACACCAGGAUGCUCUGCCUGCGGCCCAGUUCUGCCUGCGCUGCUCCAUAGAUGUCCAUGGCCCCAGUUCUGUCCAGAUGGUCCCUGCCUACCUGCUGCUGGCUGAUGCCAACAUGGGUCUGGGUAAUCUAGCCCUGGUGGCGGAGUUCCUGUCCCAGGCGGAGUGGGCAGUGUUGAAGAGCCCAGAAUGUGGUCGCGCAGUCCACCACCGGUUGCAUAGGAGUCUGGGCCGCCUCCACAUGGCGACUGGAAACCUGGAAGCAGCUCUGCUUAACUUUGCAAAUGAUAUAUACUUUGCCAGUGAGGAGUAUGGUCUGGACAGCACAGUCACCUGUGGUGGCUACUUUCUUAUGGCUGAUGUGUUUGUCAAACAGGGGAAGGUGCCCAUUGCUCGUUCCUUGUACUCUGAGGUGGCACGUACUUGGCACUGCCAUCUGACCAAGCUCUUCAAGACCCACAUCCAGUAUGUCCAGAAUCCUGACAUGAUGUUGGAGCCCUCUUAUGACAAAGCCCAGUGGGCUGAAGUGGACGAGAUGUUAAGAACUAUUUUGGAGUUUGAGCAGAAUGACUCCAGAAGAGACCCACCUCAGACUGCACUGGUGGCCCACUGUCUGGCCAUGCUGUGGUUCCUGGUAGGAGAGUCCCAGAAGGCGCUGGGAUUUUGCAGCAUGGCCCUGCAGGCCAGCCAGCUGAUACCAAACCAUGACCUGACAGAGCCCAUUCAGGGCCUGCUGCAGCUGGUGCAGAGUCCACAUACAGAACCACGUCCUGGUUCUGACUAA